AUGAACAUUUUGAUAGAUGAUGGAUCAAAUGUGACAUACAUAACUCUUGAUGGGCAUGUGGAACUGCACAAAUAUAAAUAUCUUUAUUUCGUGAUCACGUUUACGGUGUAUAUUCUAAUAAUCUGCAGCAAUUCUUGUAUCGUGUGUCUCAUCUGCAUUCACAAAAACCUCCACGAGCCUAUGUACGUUUUCAUCGCGGCUUUGUUAAUCAACUCUGUUCUUUUCAGCACUGCUAUCUACCCAAAGCUUCUGGUUGACUUCUUAUCUGAGAAACAGAUCAUAUCUUAUUCAGCCUGUUUUGUUCAAGCUAUCAUGUAUUACACUCUGAUCUAUUCAGAGUUCUUACUGCUGGCAGCCAUGGCCUAUGACAGGUAUGUGUCUAUAUGUAAACCUCUGCAGUAUCCAACCAUCAUGAAGAAAACAACCGUCUGCAUGUUCCUGGUUUUAUCUUGGCUUGUUCCUGCGUUUGAGACGACCGUGGCCGUUUCACUCUACAACAAACUCUGCAGCUUUACUUUGAAAGGGAUUUUUUGCAAUAACUUACUUUACAACACUCAGUGUGUGCGCUCGAAACCGCUCUCUAUAUACGGUGUGCUCAUAUUGCUAAAUGUGGCGUUUCUCCCUGUGUUCUUCAUCCUGUUCACGUACAGCAGGAUACUCAUAAUAACCUAUCGCAGCAGUAGAGAAGUCAGGAGGAAAGCUGCUCAGACCUGUUUACCCCACCUGCUGGUUCUCAUCAACUACUCCUGUUUCGUCACUUACGACGUCGUCACGGUUCGACUCGGAUCAGAUAUUCCAAAAACUGCGCGUUUGAUAAUGACUUUACAGAUAAUUAUGUAUCAUCCGCUCUUUAAUCCGAUCAUAUACGGACUGAAAAUGACGGAAAUCUCAAAGCACCUCAGGAUGUUGUUUUGUCAGGUCAAAUCACACUAA